AACAAUAGUAGUGCUUUCUCAAAGAGGUUGAGCUUUGUUGCAAGUAAACAAUGGAGGCAAUACUUGAACUAUACAACAGAGCAAAACCCUUUCUUGCUGUAAUUUUUCUCCAAUUUGGGCUAGCGGGCAUGGAUAUCCUCACCAAAAUGGCCUUGAAUGAAGGAAUGAGCAACUAUGUAUUUGUUGUGUACCGCCACGCAGUUGCCACUCUGGUUAUUGCUCCCUUUGCAAUAAUUCUAGAUAAGAAAGUAAGACCAAAGAUGACUCGCUCAAUAUUUGCUAAGUUGGUACUUCUUAGCAUACUGGAGCCAGUCAUAGACCAGAAUCUCUACUCUAUUGGCCUGAAAUACACAACAGCCACUUUUGGAGCUGCAAUGUCCAAUGUUCUUCCUGCCAUUACUUUUAUAAUGGCCUGGAUAUUCAGGCUUGAGAAGAUGAAGCUUACAAGCAUCCGCAGCCAAGCAAAAAUAAUUGGCACUCUUGCCACAGUUGCAGGAGCUAUGAUCAUGACACUGGUACGAGGGCCAAUACUUGAACUAUUUUGGACAAAAGGAAUUGCCAGUCAUGAAUCUCAAAGUGGUGGGUUAGAUCUAAGCCAUGCUAUCAAAGGUUCCAUCAUGAUAACAAUUGGGUGCUUCAGUUGGGCUGCAUUCAUGAUUUUGCAGGCAAUCACAUUACGGACUUAUCCCGCUGAGCUCUCGCUCACUGCUUGGAUAUGCUUGUUGGGAACAGCUGAGGGAGCCAUAGUAGCAAUGGUAAUGGAGAGAGGAAAAACUGCAGUGUGGGCCAUAAACUGGGACUCUAAGUUUCUUGCAGCUGUAUACAGUGGAAUAUUCUGUUCAGGACUUGCGUAUUACAUCCAAGGAAUCAUAAUGAAAGACAGAGGCCCUGUUUUCGUCACAGCUUUCAAUCCAUUAAGCAUGGUUAUUGUAGCUAUAAUGAGUACCAUCAUUCUACGUGAACAACUGAACCUGGGAAGGGUACUUGGUGCUGUUGUGAUUGUUGUCGGUCUUUACAUUGUCCUGUGGGGUAAAAGCAAGGAUCACAAAUCUCCAUCACUCGAUGAACAAACAAUACCAACACAGGAAAUGACGCAUGAAACCAAAAUUGACAGGGAAAAUCUAAGUCAGACAGUUAUCCACAUCAAUCCAUCGACAGGAACAACUGCUACCAAAGAUGAGAGCACGUAAUGAUUUUCUAUUCGAGGCUUUAUCUUCCAAAUUCCAAAAGGAGGUCCGGCUAUAGAGCAGCCUCUUCAUCUAAGAAAUGAGCUCCUCUUCAGCUGCAUCUUGAAUUAGUAAUUAUUAGUUAAAGAUGGUUUAUGUAUAAAGAGGAGUUUCUUUCUGGUCUAAGGAAAUAGAAAAAGAAUCUCAAGUUGUCAACCAAAUUUCACACAGCAUGUGCCCAAAAUUUAGGCCAGUUAAACCACCACUUUUGGAAACUCCUUUCUGAACUAUAGAAUGACUAAACUAUGUUAAGCCAA